AUGUUCUCUUCUCUCUUUGGUAAACGAAGAUCAUCGCCGGUGAGAGACGAAGUUCCACCAAUUCCAGGACCCAAACCUGAUGAUGGUUAUGUGAUUGUAGAUCCGUCGUCUCCAGGAAACAGUUUGUACCCCAAUGUUAACGAAAUUCGACCACCAAGCAGACCAGCUCCACCGGCUCCCGUGCCUAAAACUUGUGACCAGUCUUUCCAUUAUCUUCAAGGUGUACCUUUUAUGUUAUCUCGGGAGUUACAAAUGGUAAAGAAUAAAGAUGCCUUCGCAACUGAAAUAGGAGAUCUUCUUGCAUUUUUAACUAGCAAAAUUAAUAUGAAUAACUACAAUUAUGACUUUUCUGUUGAAAAGAGUGUUUUAAAAGAGUGUUAA